AACAAGAAGUUGUGUAACUUAACCUGCUGAAAGACAAAAUGGUUCGAACUUUUACAGGAGGUCGCCCCCCAAGGAAUGAGGUGGACGAACAGGAGGACGCUCAAGUAUCUGAGCCCGGGUUGAAUGACUUUAGGCCAAUGCAAAGAAACCUCUUCGUCGGGGGAGCCAAACAGGAUCACCUAAGUGAAACAGAUGACGAAAGAACACCAACUGAGUAUGCAACCCGGCCUGAACAGUUCCAAGUUCCAACAGGAAUAAGACAAAGACCUUUUAGAUCGUACAAUUCACAGCGUGAACGACCUGAAAGGUCAACAGAACCUGCUCGGACAACCGAGCUCGAAGAGAGAACCAGAGUUCUCGAAAUGGCAAUGGGAAAAAUCCUUGCCCGUCUGAUUCCUGAUGACCCCCUGAUUCCUUUGUUGAACAGGGAUGCACAACCAGCUGCGCCCAGCUCGUCCAAACAUAGUGAAGAACUGAUGAGAAAGAACGCAGAUCUUGAAAGACAACUGCGGGACGUACAAAAGUCUAUUGACGAGCUGAAAAGUCCCAGGUCGCAUCAACAGACUCUGGAUUUGGAUAGUGCACCACUAAACUUAUCAAUUACGGCAGAGCCGUAUCAAGAGGGAUUCAAAAUUCCCCACCUGGAGACAUAUGAUGGCACGGGUGACCCUGAUGAACAUCUGCACACCUAUCAAGCCAUCAUGAGAAUCCAAAACGCCAAUGAUGCCAUGAUGUGCAAAGUGUUCCCAGCAACACUCAAGUCAACAGCCAGGAGAUGGUAUCACAAACUCCCCAGACAUUCAAUAGAUUCGUUUUCCCAGCUCGCCAAGCUGUUUUCUAACAAAUUUGCGAGCCAAAGGGAGAUCAAGCGCACAGCAACUGAGCUGAUGCAAGUUAACCAGAAGGAAGGGGAGUCUUUGAGGGAUUGCAUGUCUCAAAUCCUGGCACAAAUUCAGCACUGGGUUAGGAGACCUCCACCCCCACUACAUGAUUCCCCGAGGGCAGAUAAGAGCAAGCAUUGUGACUACCACCGUGUAUAUGGUCACAAUACAGAGGACUGCCAACACUUGAAGGACGAGUUAGAGUUUUUGGCUCGUAAUGGGAAGCUAGAAGGGUAUGUUCAGAAGCCUCACACCCAGCAACCCACUCAAACCCAUUUUGUACAAGCGUACGACCGACCUCAAGGACAGAGGUACCAGCAUGGUGGGAUGCAGGAUGCAUAUCAGGAUAACCAGUAUCCUUCUGAACAGGGCAGAGCAUACCAAGGACGUCCUUUCAACAGGAGAGGACAGGGACCGAGAACUACCGCCCCGAAUCAAAAAGACAGGAAAGGGGUAGGUUAUGCUGGGAUACCCUCACCUUCUGGUACCAUAAACAUGAUAUCGGGUGGUGUUCACUUUGGGGGCCAAAGCGCCCGAGGUCGUAAGACGUAUGCACGCCAGGUGAUGACAGUUAACAAAAACAGACCUUUGAAACGCCCGUUUGAAGAAGCAGAAUGGGAAAAUACGCCCAUCACAUUCAACCCGGUAGACUAUAAGCGAGAAGAAGGAGAGCCCGACGUUAUGAUGCCGCAUGUAGACCCUUUUGUGGCAACGGUUCAUAUAGGCAAUCAUAAUGUCAACAAAGUCUUUGUUGAUAUGGGGCUUAUAUAUGGGUUCGACAAUCAGCCUGUCCCGGUCGAAGGAAUCAUUACCCUACCCAUCUAUGCGGGCUCGAAGCCACGGUUUAGGAUGGCUUUCGUUACCUUCCUGGUCGUCAAGAUGGAGUCAGCUUUCAACGCUAUACUGGGACGAGCUAUCCUUUGCGAGCUGAAGGCUGUCAUCUCACAACCUCAUCUCUGCAUGAAAUUCCCAACUCCUCAGGGGGUAGGAGUGCUUAAAGGGAACCAGAAGAUGGCAAGAACAUGCUACCAAGAUACCUUCAAGAAGGUUGAGCUCGCUGCUGCUCCUACAGGUUCUGAAAAUCACAAACCAACCGAGCUCGCUCAGCAGACAAUGAGCAUUUCGGACAUUGAACACCGACCUAAGGGUGUCGAGCAGAAAGCAGAACCAGUGGAGCCGGUAGAAACGGUCCCUCUGAACCCUGAUGUGCCGGAUCGAACGGUUAAGAUUGGCACCAAACUCACAGAGGAGGAACGGGCAGAGCUUCUGAAGUUUUUGAGGGACAAUCAAGACGUGUUUGCGUGGACUACGGAUGAAAUGCCGGGCAUCCCCGCAGAGUUGAUAGUCCACAAGCUAAGCACGGACCCCACCAGAAGGCCAGUGGUACAGAAACGUCGCCUUUUCGGCCCGGAGAAGCAAGUUGCCAUAGACGAAGAGAUACAAAAGUUGCUACAGGCAGGCUUCAUUAGAAGAGUAGAGUACUCUGAAUGGGUGUCCAACCCUGUGCUCGUCAAAAAACCAAAUGGCAAGUGGAGGAUGUGUAUUGACUUCACCAACCUCAAUGAUGCAUGUCCAAAAGACCCUCAUCCUUUGCCAAAUGUCGAGAAGUUAGUAGAGCGGGCAGCAGGACACGAACGGAUGAGCUUCCUUGAUGCCAGCUCGGGUUAUCAUCAGGUCCAACUGUUGCUAGACGACCAGGAGAAAACAGCUUUUUACGCUGGUGAUGCAAUCUACUGCUAUGUCAUGAUGCCGUUUGGCCUCAAAAAUGCUGGAGCGACAUACCAGAAGUUGGUGCAAAUCAUCUUUAAGCUCCAGAUCGGCAGAAACAUAGAAGUAUAUGUGGAUGACAUGAUAGUCACUAGUGUGCAAGCUGAGGAUCACAUAGGCGACCUGGAUGAAACCUUUCAAAACUUGUGCCGAGCACAAAUGAAGCUGAAUCCCUUGAAGUGCACGUUUGCUGUGGAAUCCGGGAAAUUCCUAAGGUACGUGGUAUCCAAGAAAGGAAUUGAAGUAAAUCCAGAGAAGGUGCAGGCCGUUCAGCAGAUGGAACCCCCCAAGAUAGUAAAAGAUGUACAGCGUCUGACAGGUCGGGUGGCUGCGUUGCACAGGUUUAUAGCCAAAUCGGCAGAAAGCGUCGAGCUGAGUGAAUAUGACCUCAAGUUUCAGCCACGCACAACCAUAAAACGCCAAGCCAUUGCAGACUUUCUGGUAGAAUGCAUCUCGACGACGGAGGUAGACAAGGCGCUUGAUUACCCAGCCUGGGUUCUGUAUGUUGAUGGAGCUGCUAACAUUGAAGGGUCAGGUGCUGGGGCUGUGUUGAUAGGCCCGGAUGGCUUUAAAUCUGAGCAUGCAUUGCGGUUUAAGUUCCAGACCACUAAUAAUGCUGCUGAAUAUGAAGCCCUCAUCUAUGGUUUGAAACUGGCGUCCGAGCUGAAGGUGCAGAGCAUACAAGUGUUCAGUGAUUCUCAGCUCAUGGUGGGCCAGGUAAAUGGCAGUUGUGAAGUUAGGGAUCCCCAGCUUGGCCGUUACACCUCUGUGGUCAACAGAUUGAAGUCAAGAUUUGCUUCAUUUCAGAUCGACAAAAUACCAAGAGCUGACAACCACCGAGCUGACGAGCUAUCAAAGUUGGCCUCCUCGCGAGACUUUAACCCUCAGAGGUCAACCAUCGUCGAAGUGUUGGACGCUCCGAGCUACACUGAUUUCACGGUCGAGUGUCAGCUACUAAGCACAGAUCCCUCCACGCCGAGCUGGACUACCCCACUUAUAAAUUAUCUGCAAAGUGGCGAGCUACCUGAAGAUCUGUCCGCUGCGAAAUUGGUUAAACGAAAGGCAGCACAUUUCACUUUGUUAGAGAACCAGCUCUACAAACGAGCAGCCUCAAUGCCCCUACUACGCUGCCUUACUCCUUACGAAGCUGAAUACGCUGUGAGAGAAGUUCACGAAGGAGUAUGUGGCACGCACAUCGGUGGCAAAACUUUAGCUCGGAAGCUCCUGAGGCAUGGUUAUUACUGGCCCACUAUGGUCGAGGAUGCGCAGAGUUAUGUCCGACCUGCCAGUUCAAUGCUGAUGAUAUACACAUGCCAGGGGAAAUACUAUCAUCUCUCACGUCUCCCUGGCCCUUUGCUCAAUGGGUUCCGGGCGGCAGCACUGAGAUCGUUCUGUAACGACUAUGGCAUUGAGCUCGCCUUGACGUCCGUGUAUACUCCACAGUCCAACGGGCAAGCCGAGUCCGCCAAUAAAAUCGUCUUGCGAGGCCUUAAGACACGUGUUUUGGCCGCGCAUUCUAAUUGGGUUGACGAGCUCAAUAAAGUGCUUUGGUCUUGUCGCACCACACCCAGCUCGGCCACGGGCGAAACCCCUUUCAGCCUGGCCUACGGAGCUGAAGCCGUCAUCCCAGUGGAGGUUGGAUUGCCAUCCGAUAGAUCAAAUCGUCAUGACGAUCAGAAUAAUGAACAACUCUUAAGAGAGAACCUAGACUUUAUGGAAGAAAUCAAGGAGAUGUCCCGAAUAAGAAAUAUGGCACAUCAAAGUCGCGUUGCAAAAUUUUACAAUAAAAGAGUCCGAGCUCACCAGUUUCAAGUUGGCGACCUGGUCCUACGUAAAGCUGGGUUAACUAACACUCAUUCGCACAUGGGCAAGCUCGCUCCUAAUUGGGAAGGCCCCUAUAUGGUUGUUCAAGUUAAACGACCUAGUUCUUACGUGUUAGCAGAUAUACGAGGGCGUCAGUUACCUUACAUUUGGAACAUACAAAAUCUUAGAAAAUUUUACAGUUAGCCUGUAUACUAUUCUUUUAUUCAAGUUGUUAUUCGACAGUUGUAAACAAGAACAUACCGGAAAUACAACAAAAAUUCAGAG